GUUUGUCAAAUAGCAAAAUGGAAAAAGUUGCAAUUUUGAUGCAGUUAAUAGAUAAUCUUAUUAAUCUUUAACUAUUUUACAAAUUUACUUAAAAUGAAUAUAUUUUUAAGUCUUAAUUUAUAACAUCAGUAUUACUAAGUAUUGAAGACUGAUUUUCACUAUAUUACUUCUAAAAAUCAUCAGGUAAUAAUGAUUAGCAGUACUAAUUUUGCUGAAAUUCUGGAUUAUAAAAAUUUUAGAAUCCAAGAAGCAAUGACAGAAAACGUAGAACUACAACAGUUAGUUGAAGAAGAAGCCGAUGAAGAAUUUUCCAUUCGUGAACCAGAACCAUGUUGCCACUGUCCAUACCUAGGUCUUAUAUUGGCAACUUUAAGUUCCUUAUUUUUUUCUCUGUGCUCUGUGAUCGUGAAGUGGAUGACUGACGUACAUCCGAUGGCUUUGGCAGCUUACCGAUACCUUGGAGUGCUCUUACCAGCAAUACCAAUAGUAAUAUAUCGAGAAGAAAUAGUGUUUCCCAAAGGAAAACGUAUCAUGUUACUUUUGAGAUCUUUUACUGGUACUGUGUCUUUAAUGUUGAGUUUUUAUGCUUUUCGCCACAUGCCCCUAGCCGAUGCUUCUGUAAUAGUGUUUUCAGUGCCUGUAUUCACAGGUAUUUUUGCUAGAAUGUUUUUGAAAGAACCUUGUGGUUUGUUUAAUGCAUUUUCUGUAGUACUUACCCUUAUAGGAGUAGUUUUAAUAACUCGACCACCCUUAUUGUUUGGAAACACUGUAAAUUCCCUAGGUGAUAAUGGACAGAAGACUGAGAUGUGGGGGGCAGUAGCAGCUUUUUCAGCUACUUUAUUUGGAGCUAAUGCAUAUGUUUUACUGAGAGCUCUAAAAGGGAUAAAUUUUGCUGUCAUAAUGACGAAUUUUGGAUCUUUUGCUUUCAUCCUAUGUCUUCUAGUUACUGUCUUAUUAGGAGCUCUUUGCUUACCUCCUUGUGGACUGGAUAGGUACCUUAUAGUAGCCUUAGCAGUUUUUAGUUUUUUAGGUCAGAUCCUUCUCACAUUGGCCUUGCAAAUGGAGCAGGCAGGACCUGUUGCCAUUGCUCGAAGCAGUGACAUAGUCUUUGCUUUCAUCUGGCAGGUAAUGUUUUUCAAUGAAGUACCAAAUAUGUUUUCUAUUGGGGGAGCCAUUUUGGUACUAAGUUCUGUUGUGUUGAUAGGACUCAGAAAAUGGGUUCUUGCUUUGCCUUAUGAUGCUAGUUUGAGAAGGAAGUUGCAUUUUUUAACAAAAUAAUUGUUCACUAAUCACAAAUAUUGCAUAUGUGGUGUUACUUUAUUUUUUAUACAUUUUAGAUGAAAUAUUUAUUUCUUAUAUAUAUGAAAUUGUUAAAUACUAACCAUAUAUUUUUGGUUUAUAAAUGAAUCAUUGCAUGGGAAAUUUUAGUGCAGCUUUGAUGCCUAUAAAUAAGUAAUUUUUUAUAAGAUAAAAAUCUCCAUUUUAUAAAUAAAUGUUUACAAAUACAUAACAUUAGAUGGGCAAUUGAGGAGUAAAAGUAUUAUUUUAUGUUUUUUAAAAAUACAUAAAAGAAUGAAUGAUUUAAAGCUACACAUAAAUAUCUCAUUCUAUAAAUAUUCCCUGUGGUAUAAUAGUAAAAAUGCCUUUUCGAUCAACAUUGUGUAAUCUAGUCCAAAAUAGAUCAAUAUAUUUUUUCUUUUGUAAGUUUAGUUAUUAAGUUACAAAUGUUUAUCAAAGACAACAGUUCAUUCUUGUGUGUAAUAUUUUUAUAAUUUCCUUAAUCUCAAAUUUGAAUACAAAUAGCACAAUUUGUGUAAAAACUAUAUUGAACUAUAGUAAAAUGUAGAUCUUUUUGUUAAUACCAAAGACAUUCUUCUAGUCAUUUUUUUUUAUAGAUCUUUUUAUUUAUGUACAUAAGUAUUAUAUUUUAGAAUAUAAACCAUUGAUUAAUAUUUGUUAAUAGACUUAAUUUUGAUGUAAAAAAAUCUCGAAAAGGACCAACAUAAGUAUUAAUUGGAUGUUAGUCAUAGUUUUUUUGUUGGAUGUACUUACUAGGUUCUUGUUUUGGAUUAUGUGAU